UAAUGGUGGAAGAGUUUUAAAGGGAGAAGGACUCAAUUAAUUCUCUAUCUUUCUCUUUCUUUCAGACAAGAAGAGAACAAUUACGAAAGCUAAGAUGAUGGAUGAGCAGAGAUCGAAGCACAGGGGAAAUGCAGUAGAGCUCGAAAACAAUAAUACAAACGCAGUUGUCCUUCGAAAUCAGAACUCAGAAAUUGAGAUGCCGCCCUGUCGGCAUUCCUCCCGGAUUGACACUUUAGAGCUGAAAGCUCAGAUCAUCAGGAAACUCGGACAUGAGACGGCAGAGAAAUACUUCGUUCUCCUUAAUCGAUUACUCAGCCUCAGGCUCAGCAAACCUGAGUUCGAUAAGCUCUGCAUUGCUACUAUCGGGAGGAAGAAUCUCUAUCUUCACAACCGGCUUAUUGGAGCCAUUGUCAAGAACGCUUGUAUUGCCAAGACUCCCCCUUCGAGAGAGAGCAGAAUAGAAGGUUCUCUUAGUGUUAAAAUUGCUAAUGGUUAUCAAAGGAGUAGUGUCCAGACACUGUCUGGAGAUGCAUUCUCUCCAUCCCCACGCAAGGGGAAAUCUUCAAAUCAUCGAGAUUUCAAGUUCAGGGACCGCCCAAGUCCACUUGGUCCCCUUGGGAAGAUCCAGAGUAUCAUGUCUGAUGAAUCAACCCUUAGGACUCGAGGGCAACAAAGUGCUACAGAACUCUUUUCUCUAAGUGGCAGACCUCCAGCUGAAGUUGUCUCUGUGGAAGAUGGGGAAGAAGUUGAACAGAUGGCUGCCAGCCCGAGCAUUCAAAGUAGAAGUCCUGUUAGAGCUCCUCUAGGUAUCCCCAUGAAUAUGGGUGGAGCCCGCAAAACCUUUGGUAAUGGAUUUCUGUCUACUUUCCAUCCCAAGACCCGUCAUAACAGCACCGAGCUACCUGAUGCCAGAUCCUUAAGGAACCAGUUGGAGCGGAAGAUGGAGAGUGAAGGCAUUGGCAUCUCUCUGGACUGUGCUAAUCUGUUGAAUAAUGGAUUGGAUGCAUUUCUGAAGAGGUUGAUCAAGCCAUGUUUGGAGUUAGCUGGAUCAAGGGCUGGACAUGAACACAUGAAGGAAAUAAAUGGCCAGAUUGCACCUGGUUUGAAUGGUGUCAGGCCUAAUAGAAUCAUACAAAGACCAGCCCAGUCAAUAUCUGCAUCCUUGUUGGAUUUUAGGGUUGCAAUGGAGUUGAGUCCCCAGCUACUUGGGGAAGAAUGGCCCAUUCAACUUGAGAGAGUUUGCUUGCGUGCAUCAGAAGAAUAAACAGGAACAACCUAAUCAGCAAAUACAUGGUAUCAAAGGGGACCAUCAGUUCAAGUUCAUCAUGUAGUGAGGAUACAAUGUUUUGCAAGUUUAGGAUCUGCUAGCAUGGAUCUUUACCUUCAACCUGUCCUGUAAUUUCCAUCACUGCAGAAGGUAUUAUGAAUGAUUUGGGCUACUGAAAGGUAUUGAAUCUAUUGAGUUGAUCACAUAUAGGCAUCGCCAUUAAUGGCCUGAGAAUUGGAACAUGUUUAUAAAGUAUAAUGUAAGCUACCAAAUGCUGCUAAGGAUUUCUCUAUUCCCAAUGUUCAAUGCCUUUUUUCGACGAUAAAGAUUAUUCGUUCAUUGUAUUACAUUCUGCCUGUAAAUAAAGCUUUAUUUGUCUCCA